CUCAUAUAUAAUUUACAAAGUCAAUUUACAAUUUUUCAUUCAAAAUAUAGAUAAAGUGCGAGUUUAAGCGGUAGCGUACAAAUUUCAAAAAGUGAUGUGAGAUAAAAAUUUUUCAAAUAUGUUUUUCAACAAUUUUCCAUUUAUUAUCAAUUUAUUUGGUUUUUUAUUAUUUUUUCUACUAAUUUUUUAUAUUUAUUCACAAUAUAAAUUGAAUUAUUGGAAAAGAAAAGGAAUUCCAACGCCUAAUAAUUGUCAUUGGUUAUUUGGUAAUUUCAAAGAUGUUAUUCUUGGACGUACAUCGGUUGGUGUACAUUUUGGAAAAUUACACAAUGAAUGCUGCAACAAUGAACCAUGCCUUGGUGUUUACAUAAUGCAUAAACCAUUUCUUUUAUUGAGAGAUCCCGAAUUGAUAAAACAAAUUUUAGUUAAAGAUUUUCAUUUAUUUCAAAAUCGUUAUUUUGCUGCGGAAAAAUCAAAAGACUUAAUUGGUACAACAUCAUUGUUUUCAAUUAAUAAUCCCGAAUGGAAAUAUUUACGUACAAAAUUAUCAUCAACAUUUUCAAGUGGAAAACAAAAAAAAUUAUUUUCCUUAAUGAUUGAAUCAUCUGAGAAUAUGAGUAAUUUUCUUGCUGGACAAUUUCAAAUAUCCGAUAAUAAUAAUGAUAAAAAUACAAAGAAUAUAGAUACAAAAUUUGUUGCUGUACAAUUUAUCACCGAUGUUAUUUCAUCUCUUGCUUUUGGCGUCAGGACAAAUUCAUUUGGUGACAAUUUGGAAUUUUUUAAUAAUGUGAGAGCACCUUUCAAGAGAACUCUUUUGGGAGCAUUUCAACUUUUUGCAAUUUUCUUUUUUCCAAUAUUCAGAAAUUUUUUGAAUAGCGGUAUAUUAGGCAGUUCUACAGACUAUUUUCGCAACCUAUUUCGAGAAGUGAUGAACGAACGAGAGAAAUCGGGUUUUAAACGUGGUGACAGCAUUGAUCCUUUACUGCAAAUAAAACAAGAAAGACAUUCAUUAAACUUUGAAAUGCCAGACGACACUCUUUUGGCACAACCGGUUAUUUUUUAUGUUGCUGGAACGGAAAGUAGUUCCACGACAAUAGCAUUGACACUUAUGGAAUUUGCUAAAAAUCCAAUACUUCAGGAAAGAGCGAGACGUGAAAUUCAAAAUGAAUUGGAUAAACAUGGAUUCACUUAUGAGGGAAUGCAGGGAUUAAAAUUUUUGCAACAGGCCAUUUCCGAAACAUUGAGACUUUAUCCAGCGGCACCAAUUAUUGACAGAGUUGCAUUGGAAGAUUAUAAAAUUCCAGGAACAGAAAUUGUACUUGAAAAAGGAACAGUAGUUUAUGUGGCAUUAAAUGGUAUUCAAGAAGAUCCGAGAUUUUUCAAAGAUCCAUUAAAAUAUGAUCCAGAUAGAUUUAGCGAGGAAAGAAAAGGGGAUAUUGUGUCUUGUUCUUAUUUGCCAUUUGGAGAAGGUCCAAGAGCAUGUAUAGGGGAACGCGUUGGUAUGCUGCAAACUACAGUUGGUUUAGCCACAAUUUUGCGAGAUUAUGAAGUUUCCCUAAAUCCAAAGUGCAAAUACGAAUUAGAUCCGAGGGCAAUUUUCAUACAACCUCUUGACGGAGUGAAAUUAGAUUUAAAAAAAGUGUCGAUUAAAAUUAUAAAGAUGUUUUCAUUAAAUCAAUUAUGGUUAUUAAAUGUUUUUCUAAUUAUUUUUGGAUUAUUAACAAUAUUUUAUUUUUAUGCUCAAUAUAAAUAUAAAUAUUGGAAAAAACGUGGUGUCAAAUCAUUGCCAACUCAUUGGUUAUUUGGAAAUUUUAAAAAUUUACUAUUUCUUCGUGAAUCGGUGGCAAAUAUAUUUCAUCAAUUACAUCGUGAUGCAAAAGAUGAAUCAUAUGUUGGUGUUUAUAUAUUUCAAAUUCCCUGUUUAUUAGUACGUAGUCCUGAAUUAAUAAAACAAAUUUUAGUUAAAGACUUUAAUAUAUUUCCAAAUAGACAAUUUGCAAGUAGCAAUAAUAAAAAUGGUGAUCAAGUUGGAGCAACAAGUCUUUUUUCCGUUGAAAAUCCAAGAUGGAAAUAUUUUCGUACACAUUUAUCGCCAAUAUUCUCUAGUGGGAAGCAAAAAAAAAUAUUCACCUUAAUGAUAGAAUCGGCGGAAAAUAUGAGAAAUUAUUUUAAUAAUCAAUUGAAAAAUGAGGGCGAUGUGAAAAUGUUUGACGUAAAGGAAGAUAGUAAUAAAUAUAUUACUGAUAUUAUUUCAUCAAUGGCAUUUGGAAUAAGUACAAAUUCAUUUGAAAUUCCAACACCCGAAUUUUUUAAACGUGGUAACGAACUUUUUCAACCAACUGUAAAAAAUUUUAUCGAAACCUUUACGCUCUUCUUUUUUCCAAGUGCAAGUCAUUUAUUAAAUCCAAAAUUACUUGGAAAAUCGACGGAAUAUUUUCGUAAUAUAUUCUGGGAAUCGAUGAACCAUCGUGAAAAAUCGGGAACCACACGUGGAGAUUCUAUUGAUGUUUUACUGAAAAUAAAAAAUGAAAGAGUUCACUUAGAUAUGGAUAUUCCGGACGAUUCACUUUUGGGACAAUCGGGUGUAUUUUUCGUUGCUGGUCGAGAGACAAGUUCAAUGUCACUUGGAUUGGUUCUUUAUGAAUUGGCAAAACGACCCACAAUGCAGGACCGUGUACGAAAAGAAAUUACCGAGAAAAUUAAUGAAAAAGGCUUUUGUUAUGAAAGUAUGCAGGAAAUGAAAUAUUUGAAUCAAGUGAUUUCCGAAGUAUUACGAAUGUAUCCAGUUGUGCCAAUUAUAGACAGAGUUGCUGAACAAAAUUACAAGAUUCCUGGCACAAAUGUUGUCAUUGAAAAAGGCACGCCGGUUUAUACUUCAUUGCAUGCUCUUCACUUUGAUCCUGAAUAUCAUCCAAAUCCAUAUGAAUUUGAUCCGGACAGAUUCAGCGAUGAAAGAAAGAGUAAAAUGGUCCCAUAUACUUAUAUGCCAUUUGGUGAAGGUCCCAGAAUUUGCAUAGGAAUGAGAUUUGCAAUUUUACAAAUGACUGUAGGAUUAGCAGUGAUAUUAAGAGAUUUUCAAGUUGCCCUCAAUCCAGCACAAAAAGUCAAAAUAAGUAAUCGCGGACUCUUCCUUCAAACUCAAGAUGGAAUAAAAUUGGAUUUAAAGAAAGUGACUGUCAAGUGAAAGUGAGUUUACCAAAAAUUAAUUUUUUUUCUCAACUUAUUUUUAUAAAAACUACAAUAAUUGUUUUUUUUUUCUUUAAAAAAAAAAAAUUGAUUAAUAAACUAAUAUAUAAUUUUCACUUUUUAAAAAAUUAUUUUAAUUUAUAUUGUAAAAUAGUAUUAAGUUAUUUUAAAAUUUUUAAUAAAUCAUAAAAUUACUGUUUCAUUACUUUCUACUGUUUUAUAGAAUUUUUAUUAUAUGAAAUUAACAAUCGAAAACAAUACCUGAAAAGAUUAAUAUAUAGAAAUAAAAAGGUCAUGAAACUGCAUGAUUAAGACAUUAUUAUGAAUAAUUACUGAUAAUUAUGAAUUAUAUGUUUUUCACAGAUACUAAUUAUUUGAAAAGCUUUAAAAAAAAUUGCAAAAAAAAAAUUUCAUGAUUCGGCAUAAUUAUACUGAAUUCUAAAUAGAUAAUUAUUAUGUAAACUAUAUAAUAACGUUAUUACUGUUUCGAUUCAUUUUUCUUUACACCAUUUUUUGUUCUUAAACAAAAACAAACAAAAAACAAUGCUAAAAAAAUAAAUACUAAUAAAAAUAAAUAAAAUAGACAAUUCAUAAAAUAUAGGAACAAUAAUUUGUUAAUUAUGAAUUUUAUUAAUUAAUUUAAAUUUUUCUGCUUUAUGUAACAAUAAGAUAUUUAUGAUUUUUGACUCUCUAUAAACAAUAAAAUAAUAUUAAAUUUAUAUAAUUAUAAUGACCUUAAUAAAUAAUUAUUAAAAUUAAAAUAAAUAAUUAUUAAAACAGAAUAAUUGAAAAAUAAGAAAUUUAACAUUUCAUGAUACUUCAUUUAUUUUUCCCUGACAAAUGUAUUAUUUUAUAACAUAUAGAAAUAUUCUAUUUUUCUUAUUAAAAAACCUUUGAGAUUUUGUAACUUUAUUUUUUUUUUUAAAUGUAUUAUAAAUCAUUCAUAUUAAUACAAGUUUAUAAUAUUGUAUUAAAUGAAAAAUUUAUAUUAAAAAUUUUUUAACCUUUUUUAUUGGAUAAAUAUUAUAAUUCCCUUAGACAUUUAAAUGUAGAAAAAUUAUUUAUACACAUACUUGAAAUAAAAAACAAAUGGGAAUAAUGAUUUACUUACAUCCUUGACAUUUCUAGACAUUCCGAUGAUUUUUUUUUUU